AAUCUCCGAGGCCGCCCAGACCCGACGCGCAGAGAAGCCCGGUGCGCCGGUGCGGUUCCGACCUCCGGCAGCCCGACACAGGCUGCCAAGAGUGUGCACUCGCCGCCGCACAGGCGCUGCGCUCCCCAGGGGUCCGCGGCUGCAGGAGGCUCAUUUGCCCCGAAUCGGAGCCUUUCGGCCAGCAUGGCCCCCACGCUGCAGGUGGCGUUCAGGAGGCGCUGGUGGAUGGCAGGCACCGCGGUGCUGGAGAUCUUCUUCUCUGCGGUGCUCCUGGGCUGGAGCUCCCUGCUGAUCAUGCUCAAGAACGAGGGCUUCUAUUCCAGCUUGUGCCCAGCUGAGAACAUCACCAACACCACCCAGAAUGAGCAGCACCAGUGGCUGAGCUGUAACCAACAGGAAAAGAUGCUCAACCUGGGCUUCACCAUCGGCUCCUUUGUGCUCAGCUCCACCACUCUGCCUCUGGGGAUCCUCAUGGACCGCUUCGGCCCCCGGCCCAUGAAGCUGGUUGGCAGCACCUGCUUUGCCGUGUCCUGCACCCUCAUGGCCUUGGCCUCUCGUGACACCAAAGUUCUGUCUCCAUUGAUAUUCCUGGCUCUGUCCCUGAAUGGUUUUGGUGGCAUCUGCCUAACGUUCUCUUCACUCACACUGCCCAACAUGUUUGGGAAUCUGCGCGCCACUGUCAUGGCCCUCAUGAUCGGCUCCUAUACCUCUUCUGCCAUCACAUACCCGGGAAUCAAGCUCAUCUAUGACGCUGGCGUGUCCUUCAUGGUCAUCAUGUUCACCUGGUCGGGCCUGGCCUCCCUCAUCUUUCUGAACUGUGUCCUCAACUGGCCCAAAGAAUCCUUUCCCUCGCCGGAGGACUUUAACUACAAGGAGAAGAUGAAGCUCAGAGAGCUGGCCCUGGAUCACAAGGUGACAGGUGACUGCUUCUACACCUAUGUGACCAUCGUGGGCCAGCGGCUGAGCCAGAAGGCCCCCAGCCUGGAGGAGGGGGCUGACAUCUUCAUUUCAUCCCAGGACGUUCGUGGCAUCUCAGAAAAGUCUGCUGAGAAGUCUGUCCCCUUGCGCAAAAGCCUCUUCUCUGCCAUUUUCCUGUGGAGCCUCCUCACCAUGGGUGUGACCCAGCUGCGAAUCAUCUUCUUCUUGGCCUCCAUGAACAGGAUGCUGGAGUACCUCGUGAUCAGCGGCCAGGAGCAUGAGACGGAAAACCUGAAGCAAAGGGUGACAGAGACAGUUGAAUUCUACUCCUCUGUCUUUGGGGCCGCGCAACUGUUGUGCAUCCUCACCUCCCCCCUCAUUGGCUACAUCAUGGACUGGAAGAUCAAGGACUGCGUGGACAUCCCCACCAAGGCCCCUGCCAGGGAUGGUGCGGCCACCAACUCCGUCAGACCACGCUACCUCAAGAUCCAGAAGCUCACCAAUGCCAUCAACGCCUUCACCCUGACCAAUCUGCUGCUCGUGGCGUUUGGCAUCACCUGCCUCAUCAAUAGCUUACACCUCCAGUUUUUGACCUUUGUCCUGCUCACCGUGAUUCGAGGCUUCUACCACUCGGCCUGUGGGGGCCUCUAUGCUGCAGUGUACCCAACCAACCACUUCGGGACAUUGACAGGCCUGCAGUCUCUCACCAGUGCCAUGUUAGCCCUGCUCCAGCAGCCACUCUUCAUGGCCAUGGUGGGACCCUUGAAAGGAGAGCCCUUCUGGGUGAAUCUGGGCCUCCUGCUCUUCUCACUCCUGGGAUUCCUGCUCCCUUGCUACCUCUUCUGCUACCGUGCCCAGCUCCAGAGGGAGUAUGCCACCCACUGGGAGGACCCCCCAAAGGGGCCUGCCAACCCCGAGGUGAAAGCGUAGACCUCUGAGCCGAGGGGCCUGGAUGAAGGCCACCGAGGCCAGCGCAGCCAAAGGGAGUGCCUCGUGGCUUUUCUACCUGUAACCUCCGCCCAGAGCUAGGGGCUGUGGAUUUAUAAAUACGGAUAGAAGUUCUGUUUUUGUAGAGACUUGCUAAAAGGAAAAAAAAAAAAAAAAAAAAAAAAAGAUCUCCCAAAGCAAUGUUCCAUUGACUGAAGAUGUCCCCCAUGCUAGGAUUGGGCCUUCUUGAUCCUGGGAUUAGAGGAGACCAGGGUGCCUUUGGCUACCCUGCCUUUUCCUCUGGGGCCUGUCCUAGGGGCUUGCCUGCUGGUGCUUCUUGGGGGCUUGUGGAAUCAGUGAAGAGCAGCCCCCAAGGCCUCAGCUGUGUAGGGUCUAGAGUGUACAUACAUGUGUGUGGGCGUGUGUGUAUGAAACCACCUUCCCCUUGGAGGAAAGGGGCCUGAGGUGCUGGCUGUGUCCUAGAUGGGGUGUCAGGGGGGAGCCCCUUCCUAGAGCUGGAGAGUGAGUGCCCUCCCUGGUGCUGCUGCUUGCAGAUCUUAGAGGAAAUUAAAAGGGAAGCGAGAGACUGGUGUGUCUCUCUUUGGCUCGGGUGUGGGGGGUGUUUACCCACACCCCCAUCCCUCUUCCUCACCCACACUCAGCUGGGCAUUAAGUAGGACACCCAAAGUGCCAGCCUGUCCACCUCUGGCUGUCUGGCUCACCUUCCUGUUCUCAACCAUGCCGUGCCCUUAAGUGUCUGCAGGGAGUCUGGAUCCCUGCCCUCUGCUCCUGUCCACCACUUCCUAGGGUUUGGGGCACCUCUGGGUGCUUGGCCUUUGUCCCUACAGGGGAUCAGGGAAGGAUGCUUUGGAAAGAGUGCUAAGGAAUGAGUCUCAGACUUUUCUAUCAAGCACCCCUGGAGGUCUCUUGUAAGGAACACUUUCUUAAAAUAUUUUAUCUUAAAACUUUAUGCAAAUUCGAGCAUCAUUUUAUGCUCUAUUUAUAUUGACCUUUGGCAAUAAAGUUAGGCUUUAAAAUUA